AUUCCACAUUUAGCUCCCUCACUUGUUGGUAGCAGUCCCUACUUCUCUUUUUCAAAUAUCGCGCUGCACAAAAAGGCGCCAAAACUAAAUAUUCUGUUUUGGUUCUUGUUUUAGAAAAAAAAUCGCUAUUUCUUAUGUGAUAGUGUUUAUAAUUACAUUUUAUAUUGGUAGAGGAUACAGAAGCCCAUGUAAAAAGUAAAAAUCAACCUUUAAAAACAUUAUAUUAUACUUUUCAAAUUAAGAAGCUAUAUCUAUAAAAGAUAUGUAUGGAAUGCUAUUGGAAAGUGUUCAGCACUUUGUGCAGAAAGAAUACGGCGACGAGAUCUGGCAAAAAGCUUUACUAAUGGCAGAAUGCAAAUUCACAGUUUUCAAUACUCAUCAGGUUUAUCCAGAUUAUAUUAUGAGUAAUAUAGCAACGGCUUUGGCAAAACUAACCUCAAAAUCAUACGACAGUUUCAUGAAUUUUUUUGGUCACUGCUUUGUGCGUUUUUUUAGUAACUAUGGGUACGACCUUACAAUUAAAGCAACAGGCCGUAAUUUUACCGACUUCUUGGAAAAUGUUGACAACAUACAUUCUCAAUUCAGAUUGUCUUAUCCGAAAAUGAAAAGCCCGUCGAUGUACUUAACAAAAGUGGAUCAAAACGGUUGUGUGCUGGUUUACAGAAGUAAAAGGAUGGGGUUUACACAUUAUUUAAUGGGACAGCUGGACCAAAUAGCCACUGAGAUUUAUAACUUAAAGUUAGAAACUCACGUUCUGAAUACUGAAGUCAACCAAGUGGAUGGAAAAACAAUUGUCAUCGUUACAUUUAGGUUGAAUUUUGAUAAUACGCAAUAUAUAUUGGCUAAGCAAGUAAAAGAAGAGGCUCAUCUUAGGACUAUAAGCAGAUUACCACCAUUUAACUGCGACUUACUAUUGAUUCUUUUUCCAUUUGCAAUUUUAUUUAACCCUGCCAUGUCAAUUGUUGCAUGUGGAGAAAAGCUCGUUCAGGUCGCCGAGGGUGAGGAAAAACUUCUAGGACAACCAUUGCUUAAGUACUGCCGACUUAGAAGACCAAAAGGAAUUCCAUUUACUUGGAAAAAUUGUUUUUAUCUUAAGUCCGUUAUGUUCGAAGUUGAGAUGUUAAGAACCGAAUUACUAAAAACGAAUUCAGAGAGCGAGGACGAGGAAAGUUCACUGGCCAGUAAGGUGGAAAAUCUGGCGGAUUCUAUCGAGAUUGACGGCAAAAAUAUAUUGACCAACCCAUUGCGAAGAGAUAGUCAACCCGGGCUAAAAAAUAUUCUGCUAAAAGGCCAAAUGUUGUAUCUAGCAGACGUUAUUGGCAUUAUAUUCUUGUGCUGUCCGGUAGUAAAUGAUAUUGGAGAACUUCCAGAUCAAGGACUGUACCUAAACGACUUAAACCCUCAUGGCCUAGGUAAAGAAAUGGUUUUGGCAGGGUGGCAAAACAAUUCAAAGCUAGAAUUAAUGUUUGAUAAAGCUGAGCAACGGGCAUCAGAAUUAGAAAUGAAUCUAAGUUUAUUGGAAGUAUGGAAAAGUCGUGGUGAUGAGCUAUUGUACUCGAUGAUUCCAAAGCCUGUGGCAGAAAAAUUGCGAGCUGGAAAUAGCCCCUUAAGCACUUGUCAGUCUUUUGACGCAGUCUCUGUUAUGUUUUGCGAAAUAGUGGGAUUUAAUUCAUCGACGGUCGAAGACGCAAUGGAACUUGUGAGCACAAUGAAUGCAGUAUACUCUUGCUUUGAUUCUUUAAUGGAUACAUUUAAUGUGUAUAAGGUGGAAACUGUAGGGCAGAUUUACAUGGCAGUAUGUGGAGCUCCGGAAGAAACGCCACUUCAUGCGCAAAAUAUUUGUGAUGUGUCGCUUUGUAUGAUUCAACACAUAAAGCAAUUACAGAUACCCUCGGGGACAAAAGUAGACGUACGAAUAGGUGUACAUUCUGGGCCAGUGGUAGCAGGUGUGGUUGGGAUUAAAGUACCAAGAUAUUGCUUUUUUGGUGAUACGGUUAAUACAGCAUCACGCAUGCAGUCUACAAGUGCACCGGGGAUGGUUCACAUAUCACAUUCUACCAGAAAACUUCUGCCAAAAGAUAAAUACAUUUUAACGACUAGAGGAAAGGUUAAGUUAAAGGGCAAAGGAGAUAUGGAAACUUAUUGGAUCUUUGAGGACGAUUUAACAGAGUGUCUCGACUAAUAUGCAAAUGCGAAAAUAACGCAACAUUACUAUUUAAUUUUCACGACAGAAAUAGGAACUAUUAUGUAUGAGUAAAGUAACGUAGAGGAAAGUAACAGAAUAUUAAAACCUUUACUACUUUAGUUGAUAUUUUCAAAUAUAUAUUUGAUGUUAUUCCAAUAAUAAAUAAAUAUUUAUCACAUAA